UCAAAACUGAAUGGUUUAUCGACUUUAUUUCAUGAGAUAACAGUGAAAGGUCACUUGUCAAUAAUGCAAUGAUGUAAAUUGCAGCGAAAAAUCCAUAUAUGGUUUUCCCAAUAAAUAAUGAGACGACCGUUUCAGAACUUUGCUGCAUACAGAACGAGUCUGGCAGGAGCAGCUCGUUCUACUCAAACAAGAAACAGAUUAAAUAAUGGACAGAAAGACCAGAGGACAUUACGAAGUUCAUCACUUACCUUAUUAUCUAGCCAAAUUUCAGAACUACAAGUCACAUCGCUCCGUCCUUAUACAAAUCCUGCACGACGGCCGAGUUUUUUUUCACAAUUUGUGGAGAACAUAAAACAAGACAUACAGAAAAAUAAGGAAAUGAAAGAGUCGUUAAAGAAAUUCCGUGAAGAAGCUGAAAAACUUGAACACUCCGAUGCACUGAAGUCUGCAAGGCAGAAGUUCCACUCUGUUGAGUCUGAAGCCAACAAAGGCUCUGAAGUUUUUAAAGAAAAACUAGACAGUCUAAAGGAGAAGGUGCAUGAAGUCAUUGAAGAAGCCAGUAAAAGCGAAUUAGGCAAGAAAGCUGGUCAAAUAACUGAGGAAAUUUCCAAAUCAGCCAAAGAUGCAGCAGAGACAAUUACGGAAAAGAGUCAAGCACUUGGUAAGACCGGAGCUUUUCAGACGAUAUCCCAGACAGCAGAAGCUGUACGUAAAGAACUUGACCAACAUGGCAUACAAGGUCGUGUUUACGUACCACCUAGAAAAUUAAGAAAAAGAGUAGAAGUUUUGGUCAAUGCAGAGGAUAGACCAAUCGAAGCCAAUGAAGAGGCAACCGGAGUCGAAUUGCACAAGGAUUCCAAGUUUUAUCAGUCGUGGCAAAACUUCAAGGAUCACAAUCCGUACGUGAAUAAAGUUCUAGACUGGAAGAUUAAGUAUGAGGAAUCGGAUAACCCAGUGAUCCGUGCCUCACGACUUCUCACUGACAAAGUCAGCGACAUAAUGGGCGGUCUAUUUCAGAAGACUGAACUCUCUGAAACUUUGACAGAGAUCUGCAAGCUGGAUCCUAGUUUCGACAAGGCCAAAUUCUUAAGAGAUUGUGAGACGGAUAUCAUUCCCAACAUCCUUGAAGCAAUGGUCAGAGGUGACUUAGAGAUCCUAAAGGACUGGUGCCACGAAGCACCUUAUAACCUGAUAGCACAGCCCUUGCAACAAGCAAAAAAAUUAGGACUCUACCUGGAUAACAAAAUACUUGAUAUCGAUAAUGUGGAUCUAGUAAUGGGCAAGGUAAUGGAACAGGGUCCAGUGUUAAUAAUAAGUUUUCAAUCCCAGCAAAUAAUGUGUGUAAGAAACUCUGAGAACAAAGUUGUCGAGGGGGAUCCUGAGAAAGUUAUGAGAGUCAACUAUGUCUGGGUAUUAUGUCGUGACCCAACGGAAUUGAAUCCAAGAGCAGCAUGGCGACUUUUGGACCUCAGUGCCAACAGUUCGGAGCAGUUUGUAUAGUGCAAGUAUAGAAAAUGUGUCGAACUAAAAGUUUUACCUAGAAGAAGCAAGAGCAAAUGGUAGCUUCUUCUUAAGGAAUCACAAUCGAUUAAAUUCGAUUUUCGGAAAUGAACGUAGGUAAUUUCGAUAAAACGAUAUUUCUAUCGAUUACGAAAGCCUGUAGGAAGUAAUUUCCUGGCUCUCAGGUUCUUUCGAAACUUACCUCACUCCAGAACUUAAUUGAACGAUAGGAUAUAUUUCUUGUACAAAACUAAUUGUAGUCAUUGGCGUUUUACAGAGAAAAACAAAUUAAUACUUUAAGCUAAUAUCUAACCAGUUGAGAAUAUCGAGACAUUAGGAAAGUUUUACGCAUUCGUACGAGUCCCUGUAAUUCGUCUCUAUGAUCGUGCGGUCAUGUCUAUAUAUACAUAAAUAUGUAUAAAGAGAAACUUAUAUAUAAACGAAAAUCGUAGUCGUAUUUUCUCUGUACAUAAAUAGAUCAUCUUGUUAAUGUAGUAA